CAUACAGGUUGGUAGAAGUGCAGUACUAUCGGUACAGUUUUAUUGGUUUCAAUAAACUCCGCCGAUAAAUGUGCGUUUAAAAAUGCCGAACUCGACAAGAUGAGGUUACAAUAUUUGGUUCUGGUUUUCAUUUAUCUCCUCUGUGAUUUAAAACAGUGUUUAGGAGUCACGUUGAUAAAUCAAACUACGGAGUUCCCACAGGAAUAUAGACCCGAAGGACCAUUAGUACUUUGUAAAUUUCUGCCAAAGGAGUUCAUAGACUGUGAGGAACCAAUUGAUCAUAAGGGUAAUAAAACUGCCAAAGAAGAAACUGGAUUCGGCUGUGUAAAAUUUGGAGGUUCCAGAUAUGAAGAUGUUGAAAAGACAAAAGUUUCGUGUAUAGUACUUCCUGACAUUGAAUGUUACGGACCCAGAACGUUCACUCGUGAAGGAGUUCCUUGUAUAAAAUAUAGCGAACAUUAUUUUGCUGCUACUUUACUGUAUAGUAUAUUAUUAGGUUUCCUAGGUAUGGAUCGUUUUUGUUUAGGCCAAAGUGGUACUGCUGUAGGUAAAUUGUUAACAUUAGGUGGAGCAGGAGUGUGGUGGAUAUUCGAUGUAAUAUUACUAGUAACUGAUUCUUUACAACCCGAGGAUGGUAGUAAUUGGAAUCCUUAUUUAUAAAGAAUUUUUUACAUCGUUUUUCCAUAUUUUUAAGUCUGCAUAAUUAUUGAAAUGCAUUUUGUAAAAUAAAUUUAUAUCUCCUUGUACAAAUGUUACUAUAUAAAUAGAUAUUUCUGUUACUUAAAAAAGAAUUCUUGGGUUAAUAACUUACUGCCCUAACAUAUAUAAAAAGACUUUUUUUUUACAAACAAUGUGCGUUAUUUCCGAUUUAACUGUUACAUAGAAUAUAAUUAUAGACAUAUUUAUAACUCGUAAUCAUCUGGAUGGUACAAUUCACUAAGCAAUCUAUAAAUGUAUGAUGG